AUGGUGGCGGAUUCUAUGGCUACAAAGGCGGAUAUUCCGGCGGCUACGGUGGAGGUUAUGGAAGUUACGGUGGAGGUUGUGGAGGAGGCUUUAGUGGUGGAUACAUGGCUUACAGUGCUGCGUACUGUUGCUGCUGUUGCUGUUGUUAUGGAUGAUUUAGGGCAGAAUAACAGAAUUUCUUGUACCCAGACUUAUCGUUGUAUUAUUCAGAUAACCUGGACCCCUUAA